AUGUCUUGGAAGCUCGGAAAGAAAUUCAAAGAAGGCGCCAACCUCGGCGCUCGUACGCCACUCGACCGUUCUGCCACACCCACUCCAGGCAACCCCGGCACAGAUGGCAGCGCUUCGUCUUCCUCCUCCAACCUCCUCGCUUCGUCGGAUGGCGCCCCCAUCCCUCGCUCCGGUCUCUUGACCAUCCGUGUCAUUGAUGCACGCGGUCUCUCGUUACCAGCGGGCAUGCAGACCCCUCCUGCCGUCGCACGAGCCCUCGCCCAGUACAACCCCAACGCAUCCUCACUCGCCCAAUCCUUUGGACGCGAGAACCGGCAGAGCAUGCAGCGCAAACAAUGCUGGUGGCUCCCCUACCUCGUACUCGAGUUCGACAAGAACGAGAUCCUCAUCGAUGCCAUCGGCGGUGACGUCCAGGGUCCCACCUGGAUGUUCCGCGCUCACUUUGACGUCUCGCGUAUCUCCGAGAUUAGUCUUCAGACCUAUUUGCGAUCCGGAGACGGCCAUCAGCAGCAGCAAGAAGCACAUCGCGACGGUCAAGGCGACGAUGUGAUGGGUGUCAGCGACAUCUACCUAGGAGGUGUCAAGUUUGUACCCGACUUUGAGAACCAGCGAACAUCGGAUGCGUGGUACCCGCUCGCCGGCGGUAACGGUCAGAUCCACGUCCAGGUGUCCUACCGCAGCGACUCACGCAGCUCGCUCAACAUGGACGCCUUCGAGCUGCUCAAAGUCAUCGGCAAAGGCAGUUUCGGCAAAGUCAUGCAAGUGCGCAAACGCGACACAUCCCGAAUCUACGCCCUCAAGACCAUCCGCAAGGCGCACAUCGUCUCGCGCUCCGAAGUCACCCACACGCUCGCUGAACGAACCGUCCUAGCCCAGGUCAACAACCCCUUCAUCGUCCCUCUCAAGUUCUCGUUCCAAAGUCCGGACAAGCUCUACCUCGUGCUGGCGUUCAUCAACGGCGGCGAACUGUUUCACCACCUCCAACGCGAGGGACGAUUCAACGAAGAGCGCUCGCGCUUCUACGCCGCUGAACUCCUCUGCGCCCUCGAGCACCUGCACGGCUUCAACGUCGUCUAUCGCGAUCUCAAACCGGAAAACAUCCUACUGGACUACACGGGUCAUAUCGCACUCUGCGACUUCGGCCUGUGCAAGCUCAACAUGGGCGAUCAGGAAACGACCAACACGUUCUGCGGUACACCCGAGUAUCUCUCGCCGGAACUGCUGCUCGGGCAGGGGUACACCAAGGCGGUGGAUUGGUGGACGUUGGGUGUGUUGCUGUACGAGAUGCUUACCGGGUUGCCGCCGUUCUAUUCGGAAGACGUCAACGAGAUGUAUCGCAAGAUCCUUCAGGAUCCUCUACGUUUCGGAGACGAAGUAUCUCCCGACGCACGCCACCUCCUCACCCUUCUACUCAAUCGCGAUCCCGCCCAAAGGUUGGGUUCCGGCAGUCACGGCGCGGCAGAUAUCAAAUCCCAUCCCUUCUUCGCCAAGCACAUCGACUGGAAGUUGCUACUUGCCAAAAAGAUCCCCCCGCCAUUCAAGCCGAGCGUCGCCAGCGCCAUCGACACGAGCAACUUCGAUCCCGAGUUUACGAAUGAGCCGCCCAUGGACAGUGUCGUGGACGAUAGCCACAUGCUGAGCGCGACGGUGCAGGAGCAGUUUGUAGGGUUCUCGUAUAACGCGCCGGGGGCGAUGGGGGGUGCGGGGGAGAGUUUGAGGGAUUGA